GGGAAGCGCAGGGACGCGGAGGAGCGCUGGGCGCGGGAGCCGACUAGGGAGGGAGAGGACCGCCAGGAGCCGCUGCACCUCCGCCGCGCGCUCGCAGCCUUCCCGGCCCGGUCCCGGGGCGCAGGGCGCAGGGCGCAGGGCGCAGGGCGCAGGGCCCGGACGCCCCCGCCCCGUCCGCAUCCCCGUCCCCGAGAGCCACCAUGCUGCUGCCCCGGCUGUGCUGGCUGCCGCUGCUCUCCGCGCUGCUGCCCCCGAGGCCCGCACAGAAGUUUUCGGCGCUCACGUUCUUGAGAGUCGAUCAAGAUAAAGACAGAGACUGCAGCUUGGACUGUGCGGGCUCUCCUCAAAAGCCUCUCUGCGCAUCGGACGGAAGGACCUUCCUGUCCCGCUGCGAAUUCCAGCGGGCCAAGUGCAAAGACCCUCGCUUGGAAAUCGCUUACCGAGGAAACUGCAAAGAUGUGUCCAGGUGUGUGGCCGAGAGGAAGUACACCCAGGAACAGGCCCGGAAGGAGCUGCAGCAGGUGUUCAUCCCGGAAUGCAACGAGGACGGCACCUACAGCCAGGUGCAGUGUCACAGCUACACGGGGUACUGCUGGUGCGUCACGCCCAACGGGAGGCCGGUGAGCGGCACUGCUGUGGCCCACAAGACGCCCCGCUGCCCGGGGUCCAUAAAUGAAAAGUUGCCCCAACGGGAAGGCACAGGAAAAGCAGAUGAUGCCGUGGCCCCGGCGCUGGAGACUCAGCCUCAAGGAGAUGAAGAAGACAUUGCCUCACGCUAUCCCACCCUUUGGACUGAACAAGUUAAGAGUCGGCAGAACAAGACCAAUAAAAAUUCAGCAUCCUCCUGCGACCAGGAGCACCAGUCUGCGCUCGAGGAGGCCAAGCAGCCGAAGAACGACAAUGUAGUGAUCCCUGAGUGUGCCCACGGUGGCCUCUACAAGCCGGUGCAGUGCCACCCGUCCACAGGGUACUGCUGGUGUGUGCUGGUCGACACAGGGCGCCCCAUCCCUGGCACAUCCACCAGCAUCGAGACGGGAGAGCAGUCGAAAGCGCCUGCGAGCAGCCUGGCUCGGGAGGAAUCUCCUUGGGGGAGAUGGGGCCGGCAGCUCCAGGGUUGUCCUGGGGCCAAAAAGCAUGAGUUUCUGACAAGCGUGUUGGAUGCGCUAUCCACCGACAUGGUCCACGCUGUCUCUGACCCUUCCUCAGCAUCUGGCAGGCACUCAGAACCAGACCCCAGCCACACCCUGGAGGAGAGGGUAGUGCACUGGUACUUCAGACUGCUGGACAAGAACGGCAGUGGAGACAUUGGCAAGAAGGAAAUCAAACCCUUCAAGAGAUUCCUCCGGAAGAAAUCGAAGCCCAAGAAAUGCGUGAAAAAGUUUGUGGAGUACUGUGAUGUCAACAGUGACCACGCCCUGUCCCUGCGUGAGCUGAUGGGCUGCCUGGGUGCAGCGCAGGAGGAGGGUGCCUCGGGCCCCAGGAAGCGCCACACCCCCAGAGGCAAUGCUGAAGGCACUGCUAGUAGACAGCCCAGGAGGCAAGGAUGAGCCGCUCCCGUACGCAAGGCAUCUCCUAGACAUGUGGGAACCUCCCUCACCAAAGAGCAAUUAAAAACCAAAACCAAAAGCAUAUAGUAUUUGCACUUUGUACUUUAAAUGUAAAUUCACAUUGUAGAAAUGAGAUAUUUAAACAGACUGUUUUAAUCUGUGAAAAUGGAAGGCUGGCUUCAGAAGAUUAAUCACAUACAAUGUAUGUGCCCUCCCUCGACCUUCACAAGCUGUGCUGGUGGAGACGCCUCUGAGUGCCUUCGAGCUGCACUUCUGCCUGACCCUGUCGGCUGCAGACUCCUUCUCCUGGAAGGAGCAGUCGCCGCCCUCUGCACCUGCCCUGUGUUGUUGCGUCCGCUUGCCCCGCUUGGGUAACUCCUGUAAUGUCAGCUUGUAGCAUGCCGCAGUUACUGUGCACAGGUUGGCCUGUUUCUUGGGAUUGUGUGUUUGUUCUGUUUGGCUUCUCAGAAAUCCCUCACACCUAGAAUCACACAACCACUAACUACCAGUGUUCAGGGCAGCCAGGGCCCUGGUAGAAGGCAUUUCAUAUACUUCAUGUGUCCUCUUCCGGCACUGUAAGCCUGGCUUUGGGCUGCAUUACCCAGGCUCCUGCUGAGGGCUCACACCCCACAGGCCUCCAGCUGAGGAAAGCGAGUCUGAGUCCAACCUGCCUGAGCAGGCAGAGCUGGUUUAGUCCUCUAGGCUCACCACGUAGCCACCUGCUUUUCUCUCCCGUGUGGCUGUCCCAUCCCCCUGUGGCCUGCCCCAGCCCACUGAAAGGGAAAGCCAUGCCCUGAGUAAACUGCAGUCUCCCUAGAGAAAGCAGCAGCAGCCCAGUUUUGCAGAGUGCUCUGUACUUCAGGGACAAGAGGACUCGCCCGCCUGUGGUGAGACUGCGCCAUGCACCUGUGAGUGGAGGCUCAGAGCAGGACAGUCACCCUGAGCAGCAGGACAGGGGCUGGCGAGCCCUCGCAGGCCCUGCAGAACACUGGAGGAUAGCCGGAGCUCUGCUCCGAGCUGGUGGCCAUCUCCACGUGAGCUUUUGGUGGGAAACACCUCCGUGGCCUCCCGUCUCCCAACAGCGUCACGCAGGUGACAUCCGUGGAUCUUUGUGAAGGUAUUUUUUGAGGCUGUGUGCUUAGUUUGGCCAUGCAGAGAGAGGCAGAAGUCAAGCCUUUGGGGCCCUAAACCAGUUACAUGUCAGUGCUGUCCAAGAGUAGGUAUGAUCUUAAGUGUUUUGGAUAAUCUUUUAUAUUUCUAAACUUUGAAUUUAAUCAUUCUUCUUAGGUUAAAAUAAAGUAUGCUAUCAAAACUGU